UUACUUUCACACCGCCUUUCUCCUUGACUGACCUUUCUAUAUGUUGUGCUCCCUCUCUCUCUCUCUCUCCCACCCACCACCUUCUAUUCGUGUCCCCUUGCAGUGGCCCUGUAUGCCAUCAGCGCGGUGUACUUUGCCGGUGUGAUGGUGCGCCUGAUGCUGACACUGACUCCGGUGGUGUGCAUGCUGUCUGCCGUGGCUUUCUCCAGCGUCUUUGAGCAUUACAUGGGAGACGACACGAAGAGAGAGAAACCCCCCGCUGAAGACAGCAGCGACGAGGACGACAAGAGGAAUUCUGGGAACCUUUAUGACAAGGCGGGUAAGGUGCGUAAACAUGUGUCGGAGCAGGAGAAGGCAGAGGAGGGUCUGGGUCCAAACAUCAAGUCCAUCGUCACCAUGCUCAUGCUGAUGCUGCUCAUGAUGUUCGCCGUCCACUGCACAUGGGUCACCAGCAACGCCUACUCCAGCCCCAGCGUGGUGCUCGCCUCCUACAACAACGACGGGACCCGCAACAUCCUGGAUGACUUCAGGGAGGCGUACUAUUGGCUGAGGCAGAACACAGAAGAGAACGCUCGCGUCAUGUCGUGGUGGGACUACGGAUACCAGAUAGCGGGAAUGGCCAACAGGACCACACUAGUGGAUAAUAACACGUGGAACAACAGCCACAUAGCCCUGGUGGGGAAAGCCAUGUCUUCCAACGAGAGCGCAGCCUACCAGAUCAUGAGGUCGCUGGAUGUGGACUACGUGCUGAUCAUUUUCGGAGGUGUAAUCGGUUACUCAGGUGACGACAUAAACAAGUUCCUGUGGAUGGUGAGGAUAGCAGAGGGAGAGCACCCCAAGGACAUCAGGGAGAGCGACUACUUCACCCCUCAGGGAGAGUUCAGAGUGGACAAAGCCGGUUCACCAACUCUGCUCAACUGCCUCAUGUACAAGAUGUCCUAUUACCGAUUUGGUGAAAUGCAGCUGGACUUCCGGACGCCUCCCGGCUUCGACCGGACACGUAACGCCGAGAUCGGCAACAAGGACAUCAAGUUCAAGCACCUGGAGGAGGCGUUCACCUCGGAGCACUGGCUGGUGAGGAUCUACAAGGUGAAGAAGCUGGAGAACCGGGAGCCGCUGGAGCACAAGCUGCGCAGCGUGGUGUCCAGGCAGAAGUUCACCUCCAAAAAGACGGCCAAGAGGAAGCGUGGACACAUCAAGAACAAGCUCGCCCUGAGGAAAGGCAAGAAACUGCAAAAAAAAUAAUGGUGACGAUGAACUCUUCUAGGAAAACAAACAACUGCGAAGAAACCUCCAACAACCAAUGAAGAAGAACACAGGGGCCACUUAUCUGGACCUUGGUCUCCAGCACUUCUCAUUAGAGCGCCCCCGUGUGUUGAGGAAGUGUAACCUCUGGCUAGCUCCAGAACUGUUGUCCGUUUUACCCUGAGGAUCUUUUUUUCCCCCCCGUUUAGUUCUUUCUUCUUUUUGUUUUAUUACUUUGUACUUGAAUGUGUGGCGAGGCUUAGGGCUGCUCUGCUUGGUUCGGCGUUGAUUCUUUUUUGUGGUACGUUUAAUUAACUGCUUAUCAGUGCGGGGAUCGGGGGUGUGAAGGGGGAAACGAGAGAAGACUGGGAACAUUUGCACCAAAGACCCAUCGACCUUGCUCCAUGGCACAUGUGAACUCAUUACUGAGAGUGAGGAAGCGCGCGGGGGGGGAGGGGGGGAAGCUGAGGACUUGUUCCUGACACGUGUACAGAGGACAGUAUGCGGCAUGGAGGAACGCCACCGUCUGUAAUAUGAACCUUUUUAUCAUCGUCCUCUCCUUUACGUCUGCCUGGCUCCCCGACCUUCUUUUUCAACAAAUUCUUUAGAAAACAAAUUGGCCUAAUGUGUACAUAUGUUAUGUAAAGAACAAGUCUAAAAAGGAUGAUAAUAUAUUGGAUUAUUGUGGUGAUUUUUAAAUAUGCAGUUGUCAGUUUUUCUCUUAAGUUCUUAAUGUGAUUGUUCUGUUGAGUUCUUUUUGUUUUGUAUGACAGCAAAUAGAACAGUGAAUGCAAUAAUUCUUGUACAAAGGGGCUUGAGGUUUUGUUGGAAGAAUGAAUGUGAAUUUCUUACAAUGUUCCCCCUUCACAUCUCCCUUUUUUCAUGAAUUGCAUAGAUUGUACAUUUCUGCUGCUAGGGUUUUUAAAGACGGAAGCAAGCAACUGUGUGUAAAAAGUAGUGAUAAUGAAUUAGGCUUCCCUUCCUGCAGAGGGAGCUCUCUAGUUGAACGUGCAGAGCCUAGUGCCUCAUUGCCGGUCACCAUCGCCUCGGUCCUCUGGGACUCAGCUCAUCAUAUCUCUUGAGUGCUUUCACCAGACUGAGGCGUUGACAGUGACUGGUGAACUGUGAAGGGGUUAGUUAGUUAGUUAGUUAGUUAGUUAGUUAGUACACAGGCACUGAGACUAGAGAAAAGCAGAGGUCAGGAGACGCUUCAUCACUUUCUGUGACUGCGUGGCCCUUUGUGCUUGUUCGAGCUGUGUCCUCAUGUCCAUACUGCAUACGAGUCUAAAAAGGUUUGGUUAAUUCACACUAUACUCCACCAUUACUCUCAAAUGAUCCAAUAAACAAUUAGGCUGCAACCAAGGAUUAUUUCCAUCAUUGUAUCUGCUGAUCAUUUUUUCUCAAUUAGUUUUUUUUGUACAUCAAAUGUUCAUUUCUCAGAGCCCAAUGGGAUUUCAUUCUACUGCAUUUUUUUCUUGACCAACUGCCGUAACCCCUAAAAUCAUUUAAAAUUAGAAAAAUAGAGAAAGGUUGCUUGAAAAAUCACACUGCAUCCUACAAUUCCCACAAUGCACCCCGAACGCUUUUUAUGAAUAGACAAUCUGUAACACAAAUUUGGAGUGAGAAAAAUGAAAUCUGAUAAUAUAAUUGCUUCAUGUGUAAAAUUAGCGCAACUGACUAAUUACAAUUUUAGUAAUCAUAUUAGAUGUGAUGCGUCCCUCUGAAUAGUGUAGGUGGUGUAUAUUAUGUAAUAUGAGUAUAAAGUAGUACUGCAAACCAUCAUUUUAAUUGGUUGAUUAUUUUCUUAAUAAAUCCUUUCAUAAAAUUUCACACAAAUGCCCAAUUUUCACAUCUGACAUAUCGGAUAUAACGUCAAAUAAAUGACAAAGUAAACCAAAUAAAUAAUUUACAAAGAUGCAGCUACUUUAAAAUAAUAACUUGAACACUAUUCCAAUAUAAAAAAGAUGUUACAUUUUCUUUCAGUUGACAUAUUAAUGAAAUAGUUCCAGCCAUAUAAGGUGCUUUAAAGUUUGGACACAGCUCUAAGGAGCGUAACCUUUGACCUGUUGUUCUGCGGGCACUGCACUGUUUGUGUGUCUGUUGUAAACACUACAGGUGUUUAUGUAUGUGCACGCUUCAGUAACUUUCAGUUUUUAUCAAGUGACGCAUCAAAAGACUAACACAUCAUUGUUCUGUCACUUUCACACAAAGGAGAUUUUUAUUAGUAUCGGCUGUUCUUUUUUUUUCUUUACACUUUUUGAAAAAAUGUCUGAUUUGCUUUGUUCUUCUUUUCUUUGAUCAUCUCUGAAACUUGAGUGUCACCAUUUCAGACUUUUGACACAAUGCCACAUUUUUAUUCAGUCACACGAACGCCUAAAACUGAGUCCUGUCCUUCCUGUUUCUCAUUUGUCAAGAGAGGGGAGAGCUCAGACCAAGCCUUAAUGUGAUGUACAGUUUUUCGCCCUCUUAUGUUUUCAUUUCGUGUCGAUUAGCAGCGGCAGAGCAGUUCUUCCUCGCUAAGUUUACUCGUUUCUUAGUAGCUCAGUGCCGUCUGUCCUAACACCGUUUGUUUGAUGAAAGUUUACAUCUCUACAUGUUUCUGUUCAGCCAUCUUUAAAUAUACACUCUAAU